CCUAACAUGUUUAAGACGACGGCACCUGUAGAGAAUACUUUAGGGGAAAAUCAAGGAAAAGAACUCACUCAUUUUGUUUGCUGUUUUGCUGUUCACUCCCUGAAGGCAGCAUCAUUUUAAGUCUGCUUUAGUGCGGAAGAAGUCGGAAUUUUCAGGGUAAAGGAUGCACCACUUUUUUUUUUUUUUUUUGUGCAAAGCGAUUUUGCCAAAGGCGAAAUUUCGCUGCAGUUCAAACAGUUUGGAAGGGUUUAUGGCACCCAGGUUCUAGCCUUUUAUUAUUUUAUGUUUUUGUUGGUGGGCUGUAGUACAGCCCCUGUACUUUCAAACUACACUUGCCACCUCAGGGCUAAAUUCUCUUUAUGUAUCGUGGCACAUGUAAAGAAAGGCUUUAAAUCCUUUUUUUCAAAUAUAAAGUUUAAUUAAAUGACAGCCCAUUUUGUGCUCUGAUUUGAGGUCUUAAAAUUGUGAUUUUUUUUGUUAUAUUUUGUCAGUAUGUGUCUUUAGUCAAGCUGUGGCCGCACAGGGACAGGACUGCAGAUAUUUAUUUUAUUUAUAGACUUUAUUUUUUAAAGUGUAAAAGGGCUUUCAUGGACUGUUCAUUCAAUAAGGUAUAUUUAAAAUUCGCGUACUCUUAGACCUCGCCUCUUGUGGAAUAAUGGCGAGGUGAAGGUAUACACUGAUUGCUCUGCUGUCUCCUUUCCCUGCCUCAGCUCCAUGAUGGAUAUCGCCUUGACUGCUACGUAGCCCUGGAGUGGGCGGGGACUGCCCGUCUUCCAGCCUUUCUAUUGGUUUUUCAUUGCGCACGGCGGAGAGAGGGGGGCGGGGGGGUUGCCGCUAAUCAUAUCCAACAUGUUUUGUACAAGAAAUGUCAGCCAGAAAGGGCUAUCUGCUCCCUUCGCCAAAAUACACCACAAUAAUGUCAUGUUCGGACAGCCCGUCAGGAAAUGCGUUUUUAGUGGAUUCUCUGAUUAGUGGUCGCGGCGAGAGCGGCGGAGGUCACUACGCAGGGAGCGCAGUGUGCGUGCCUCACAGCGCUUCCACUGAAGUGCCUUACGGACUACACAACUAUGGAUACUUCCCAGGUAUGGGUAAGCGCAACGAUGUGGGUGCCCACAACAUGGUGUCCGCCUCGGGCGCGUACAUGUCCAACAUGGAGAUGUGGAUUGACGCGCAGAGGUCAUGCAGAAUGGAUCAAGAGCAGCCGGUAGGUCCCCAGGUCGCGCCCUGCUCUUUCCCGCAGAACAUUAAGGAAGAGAGCACCUACUGCCUGUAUGAGCAGCCCAAGUGCCCUAAAGCCGCCACGGCAGAAGACCUAACAUAUUCCAGGUUAAGCUCAGCCGGCCUCGGCUCCACUUCUUGUACAGUCACCGACAGUGGUGGUGUUGGUGGUGGUGGCGGCGGCGGCGGCGGCGGCGGAGGCUCUGUGCCUGUGCCGGGCUACUUCCGCUUGUCUCAGACGCACGCACAUUCUCAUAAACUUUACAACACCAACGGCCCCCAGCCGAACCCUUCCCCUUCCCACUCUCAUUUUGGCCUGCACCCCGCUAUCUCCGCUCGCUUCCACACGCCGUCGCCCACAACUUCUGUCCCAGCUACGGUGCAGAAAGAACGGAUCACCCGGCUGCAGGAAGACGAGGAUGAGGAGGAGGAGGCGGAAGGGGAAACCGUGUCCUCGGCGAAAGCAGCCGUGCACUCUCACACUGCAGCCGGGGCCGAGGAGACCAGGGAGUCCUCGGAUGCAGAGGCGUCUUCAAACGACGAGGCGGAGGAAAAUGACAAACAGAGACCAGCGAAGACCACUAAAGGAGACACAAAGAGUGAGAACAUGGCCAACUGGCUGACGGCUAAAAGCGGCCGGAAGAAACGCUGCCCGUACACCAAGCACCAGACGCUGGAGCUGGAGAAGGAGUUCCUUUUCAACAUGUACCUUACCCGAGAGCGCCGCCUAGAGAUCAGCAAAAGCGUCCACCUGACGGACAGACAGGUCAAAAUCUGGUUCCAGAACCGCAGGAUGAAACUGAAGAAGAUGACCAGGGAAAACCGUAUCCGGGAGCUGACGUCCAACUACGGAUUUUCAUGAUGAGCGACCAGGUCAUGUUGAAAAUAAAAGGGAAAAUAUACAAAUACAGUCCCCUCCACUAUCCACUACUUCUACUAGUACCACUACUGCAGUCCCCCGGCGCCCACAUGACUCAUUCAUACUGGGGUACAACUUUGUUCUGACUCCCAGACCGGAAACACAAAUGUCAUGGGGGUCUGCUGGUUUUUACUGAUGCUGUGUUUUUGUAUUUGUCCACACAUUUCUGUCGUAGUUUUGGUAAUUAGAGUCAGUACACACACACACACACACACACACACACACAUGCAGACUGACCUGGAAAAAAGUGUUACUCCUAUUAUUCCCCCUCUACCUAUCAACAUUAAUCUUUGUCUAAAUUUAUUCCAAUAAUUAUAAUUGCCCUAUUUUUAAUUGGAAUUGCAUGUUAUAGACUAAACCUUUCCCAAAUAUAUAUAUUUUUUUAAUUACGAAGACGAUUUAAACCCACCCUGGAAAUAUAAGAAUACUCAUGUUAUCACCAGUUCGGGAGGAGAACUCCAUCUAUGGCCAUUAGAUUGUAGUCCACAGUGAUAUACACUAGAUGUACGUACGAGCUAAAUGUAUAAACUGACUCUUUACUCACGUCCAGGACGUUUACACACAAGACGGGUGCGUCAAAGUGAAGGAGGACUGUUUUUCUUGUACAUUUCUGUGUAAAUAUGACAUUGUGUUCUUUUUUUUCUUCUUUUUUUUUGUGUAAUGCUUAAUAAAUUAUCAGCCAGCUUUUGGUGAGUAAAUGUUUCUGUUUUUGAUGUCACACGUGCUAAUUCAAAACUACUUUUGUUCAGAAUGUUAUGCGUAAAAACGACAAUUAGAACAAAAAAAUAAAUUAAAAAAAAUAAAACGUGGUUCCACUUCAGAGCUCGCCCUGUGCUGUGAAGCAGCUCAGAAAUGUUCUUGUAGGCGCUAAUGUAAUGGCCAUCGGAAAUAAUUAAGAAAUUAGGCUGUAAGCCGACUAGUCUGUAUGCCCAGCCGGCUAUUGUAGAGUUUUAUGACUGGCUGCUAUAUGAGGUUUCUCCCUCUCCUCUAAGAGCUGCUUCAGUCGUGGGAGAGCCUUUCAGAAGGAGAGCAGGACAGAGGAGGCCCGGCUCUCUGCUCUGCAAAACACAACUCUCACAGAGGCUUUCUGGAUUAAACAGCUCCUCCACCUUUACUUUGAAUUACUGGGAUUAACGUUAAUCCGAGGUGGGGUAAGUCUCUUCAUUGUUGGGGGGCUGUGGGAGAGGUUGUGUAUUUUGCGCCUUGUUGUAGUAGUAUACUUGGUGUGUACAUUCUCCUUGUAUUUUCUUUGGUGUAGACGUGUUUUGUGGACUCUUGAUGACACAACCGACGACCGAAUUCCGAAUUGGCUGAUUGGGUUUCGCUUGAGGCCCGGAUCGACUGUCGAGUGGUUUAGGUAGUUUCAUGUUGUUGGGGUCCAUUUCUAACUCUGCAACAUGAAACUGUCUUAAUUGCCCCAGUUACACGCAUCGAGGCAGACACCGAGAGAGCACAAACCGAGGGGCGAGACACAGAUGUUUGGAUUUUGCAAAGGUGAUUUUGGAAGCAUGCUGUUAUCCUGAUCAAUCUGAAA